UUCGGUAGCUUAGCAACCCCCAAAACCAAUUUAUAGACAUCAAGAAAGGCCCUAGACAGAGCCAUAUACCCUCCUUAAACCCUCCUCACACACUCAGCUGAGGACUGUGAAAUGGGUCUCUCUCGUCUCCUUCACCCACCCAUUUCCACCCGCAGCUUUGGUGUUGCUAGGCAAACAAGGAGGCAGCUUUCCUCAUCUUCUUCUCUUGGAAACAAAUCUCAAAUUGCUAAAGCCCGUAAAUCUGAGGCCGUGGAAACGUAUGUUAGAAAGUAUGUAGAGACGCAUCCGGGAAGCUUGCCAAAACUAUCACAUGUGCAAAAAGAAAUUGGUGGUUCAUGGUACACUUUAAAAGAACUUUUUGAGAAUGCGAAAGAAAAGAUAUUUGGAGAUUCUAAAGUCCAGCGUGAGUCAGUUAAUGAUGUUACAUUAACGUCAGCAACUGAUGCUACAGCUUCCACAAAUAUAACAACUCAAGACAAGGGUUCAGAAAAGUCUGAACAAAAUGAAGCUACUAAAACCCUGGCAAAUGCUUUUUGCCACAAGAGUAACAUUCUACCAAAUGCAAUGCCUGGUACAUCUGGGGAGAACUUGCCUGACAUGAUGGGUGAUACAGCUUUGGAUGCUAAGAGGAUAUGUACUGAUGUGGAGAGCACUGGACCUUGCAAGCCCAGAAAUCUAAUUCAGUCAUCAGCUGCAAUGAAUAGUGAGGAUAAUAGUGUGAGUCAGGCAAUAUCUUAUGUGAAACCAGAGCUCUGUUCUAAAAUUCAAAUCAACGCUACAGCCCUGGAAGGAGAGUGUGAUUCUCCAUACACUAGAACCCCUGAGGCUGCCUCCAAAAUUGAAGUCGAUAGGGUUGCGGGAGAAGGCUUCUUAUAUAAACCAAAUCUGUUUCAGCCGAGAAAGAAGCAUGUGCAACUUAAAGAGUUCCAUAAUGCUUUUGACGAGCCUGAGAAGUUAUCUAGCUUAAUAUUUGAAGCAACUAGGCCAUGGCAAGGAAAAGUUGAAGAUGAAAAGGCCUCAACUGGAUGUAAAAACCAAGUAGAAAACAAAAUGUUUACUGGUUAUGAUAAGAAAAUAGUAGAUCCACCUUCUGUUGAGGCUGAUAAGAAACACCUGGAAUCAGAGGACAAACCUUCCACAGAGCUUGUUAGUCCCAAUGCAGAGACAACAACUGCAACACUGCAAAAAGAUGUUCCAACUACAUAUCAUUCAAUAAGAAAAGAAAACCAGUUACAGAAAGAGCAAAAAGUAUCUAAAAUAUCAGGAGAUGAAGUCUCUAAAGCAAGUGGAAUGCCUGGAUCAGGUAGAGGGGCACAAAAGUUUACAAGAUUAUCUGCUCUUUUCAGUAAGGUGGAUGACCAGAAAGCAGGUCAGGUUGCGGACAAGUACAAUAUUUGGGAGACAAAUGGAUAUUUGGAGAAUUCAGAUAAUAACAAUAUAGUUAAUGUGCCAAAACCUUCUGACAGUAAUGAUUUAAUUGCUUGCAUUAAGGGUUAUUCUCUAGGUCAACAGGUUACUAGUGGUCCAGGAAAUGCAGUGUCCUAUAGAACUGAUCAAAACCAUCACAUAGACCAUGUUAGAGUUCUGUCUCAAGUCAACAUGCAAAAUUUAGAUGGACUGAAAACAUCAUCCAGUCAUAUUUUUAAUGAAAAGAUUGAGGAGCCAAGCGUUGAAGCCCCCAUGAAGAAAGCUUAUAUAAAUGGGAAGGCUAACAAUCGAGAAAAAGGCAAUACAGAAAGUGUAUCACACAAUGCCAUCACCCCAUCAAUGAGGAUGGGGCAUCCAGAUAAUGCACAAGAUCCAACAUGCAGAGGAUCAUUGGACCAAUACAAAGUUAUUGUGAAGUUUGUGCAUAAAGAUGUUGAAGAACAAGAAUUACGCAAUUUUCUCAAGCGGUUUGACAAUAAUUUGAAGAUCGAACUUUCUGGUGCUGGAAAACGCUUUUUUAAAACAGCUACUGUUUAUUUUAAGACAUGGACAGGGAUGCAAAAUGCUCUUAAAGCUACUGACCUUUUACUGAGAAAUUGGACCAUUACUUUAGAAGAAGCUUCUUCCCUGAAAAGCCAGUCUAAGAGUAUAACUAUUCCAAGGUUGAUUGGUGAUCCUGAUGCUCCAGCUGCUUUAGUGAAGAACCCGACGAGGACUGUUGCUAUUAAACAAUUGACUCAUGAAAUCUGCCCUAGGCAUAUUGAGGAAGCUCUUGCCUUUUGUGAAAGCAAUAUCUCUGGGUUUUAUUUGGGCACCUCAGAUUCUGUUGCUUAUGUGGAAUUUGAGACUGAAGAUGGAAAAGAUAAGGCACUUGCUAAGCAUUCCAUAGAUGUCAUUGGAAAGCGCUUGUUUAUCUACAGAGUUGACACACCGAGAACAACAGUUGUAAGGAUUAAAACCAUGUUGCCAGCCGUAGUUCCCAGACAUAUUCCGAUUUUCAAGUCUCUUGGGAAGGUUAAGGCUUGCUACCAAAGAAGUGCUAACAUCUUGGAUGUGCAUUUCAGCAUAACUGAAUGGACUAACAUGCUCAAGAUUCUAAACAAAUUAAACGGGUUGCAAGUGGAUGGCGUAAGGUUGAUAGCUGAGCCUGCACCUAUUGCACCUUCAGAUAUUCUUCUGCAGAUAUAUAGCCAACCAGAAGAACGAGAGCGCAUGAAAAGCAAUAUGCAUAGGUUGUUGCAGAAGCUUGAGGAAAAUGCUGUACAUAAAACAAAAGUAACUGAUAUUUUUUCAAAGUUCUAUGGUGAACGAUGAUUUAAUUACUGUAGUUGGUGCUCUGAUUAUAUGGAGGCCGGUUUUUGACACUUUGGUAGUAGGAUUACGAGUUUCGCUCGUAUGUUUUUAGUUGCAUUAGUGCAGCACCAAAUUGAACUACUUGCGAAGAGAAAUUGUAAUGAACUACACCACAUAGUGAAUUUUCCCCUCAAGGUUUAUUUUUUUUGCCGUUUGGUGUAUCUGUGGGUACAAUCUUCACGCCUGUGUUAAUGUACAAGGACAUUGUAUGUGCUUCAGUUUUUCUUUAUUUCUUUAUCAGUAUUACUGUA